AUGCCGAGGAACAUUUUCCGGGUGUUCAACCCAAAUGCCACACCAGAGGACCGCGCUGAAAAGCGACGAGCGCAGCUACGCCAGGCACAACAGACGUACCGAGAACGAAAAGAUCGGUAUACCAAGGCGCUCGAGGCCGAAAUCGCCGACGGCCGCGCCCGCGAAGCCCACCUCGUCCAGGAGAACGAGCGUCUGCACGACACGGUCAAGGAGCUACGCGCUGCCCUGGCUCUUGCGCGCGGCCAAGCCAAUGGUCAAGCCAAUGGUCACGACCAACGUCACGACCAUGGACAUGAUCAUGGAUACGACUUCAACAACCUGAGCCCAUGGUCUGCCCAGCUUGAACCCCCAACGCCCCUGGCCAAGGACAGCCCGUACGUCAAGGGCCACGCCAACACCAACAGCUACUCGCCGGCGAUGUUCCCGUCGCCCGUCAGCGCCAGCGACGCGUCGGCCCCGGCCCCCGCGCCGCCGCCCUCCGACACCAGCGUCGCGGGCUGGUCGCCCACGCCCGGCGCGGCCGCGCGGGUCGGCGACUUGGACCCCACGGACGUCGGCAUGGAGUUUGUCCUGACGCUCGAGCAGCCCUGCCUGGCCCACCUGCACGGCGACCCCGCGUCGCCGCUCGAGUCCAACAACCACGCCCUCACCGUCUCCUCCAAGCUCUGCGCCUACGCCUCCACCACCACCCCGUCGCCCAAGACCGCGCCGCACAACAUCCUCGAGGCGAUGCUGCGCCUGUCGCCCGCGCUCGGCGUGCCCGACACCAGCCUGACGCCCGUGCAGGCGUGGCACAGGGUCAGCGCGCAGCCGCAGUUUGCGCGUCUCGAGCUGGGCACGCUCCAGGCGCUGGCGACGACGCUGCGCGGUCUGGUGCAGUGCCACGGCUUUGGGGCGGUGAUUGCGCAGGACGUGUUUGCCGACCGGGUGGAGGCGUUGCUGGUAGGAUCAUGA